AUUAUUGUGGAUUCGGCUUAAAGUAUUAGCGUCGAUGUGAUGCUAUUUUUACGCUGGUGUAUAGUGUAUAUAUAAUCCUUAAAUUAGGGUAGCAAUUUAUUUAUUCAUAAACAAAUGUCACGUUUAUGAAAUAUACACUUUUUCGUAACGAAGUAUUACAACGAAGUACAAAAAUACAUUUCCCAUAACAUAAUCUGUGUGCAACUUAACUCCUUUAUGUCAUUUAUCUCUCAAAAAAAUGAUCUCGAAUGUGUUAAGCGUAAUCGUGGGCGCUUCCAGUUUCGUAUAUACUUGCUACAUCUUGUGCAGACUAACUUAUUUCUUGUCAACUUACGGCGAUAAUGAAAGUUUACACAUGGUGUCAGAUGAGAAUGCAGCUGAAUCUACUUUAUGGUCUCUUUUAGUGGAUAUGUUGCUCAUUACAAUCUUUGUCUUUCAACAUUCAAUCAUGGCCAAUGAUCUCGUUAAGCAAACUUUCUCUCGACUGCAUAUCGAACAUCUUAGUAGGAGUAUUUACAAUGCCUGCAGCUCAGCGAGUCUUCACUUCUUGAUCAAUAAAUGGCAGCAGACUCCAGCUGCAACAAUGUGGAAGUUUGACACUUCCAACGAGACAGUCUGGAUGUUAUUUUCCAGCCUCCAUGUAUUUGCUUGGACUAUUAUUUAUAGUGGAUGCAUUAUGAUGGAUAUUGCUGAGCUCUGUGGACUCAAGCAGAUAUGGUAUAAAGUGUCUGAAAGAAAUGGUCCAUUGGAUACAAAAUCUAGGGAACUGCGCAGAUAUAUGAGACACAUGAGACAUCCUAGUUUUACUGGGUUUCUUGCUAUUUUAUGGAUUUAUCCUAUCAUGAGUGCGGAUCGAGUACUAUUGGGCAUCGUAUUAACAGUGUAUAUGACAUUGUUGUGGACAAUAGAUUAUGAAGACUAUAAUUAUCAUAACAGAUAUUUCAGACAGAAGCAAAUAGAAUUGUCUUAUUAGAUUUAUCAUCUUUCUCUGUCUUGAUUUUUCAACGUGAAGGCAUUUCUCUGAUUCUCGUUAAUUUCCUAUCAUAUUUAUGAAUUUAUGCAACAGAUUAACAUAAAUUAAUGAACAUUAUGUAUUAUACAUGUGUA